UUGAGAAAAAAUUGUCAAAUUUUAUCGUCAUACGGAUACGGUCAUUCUCGUGCAGUUCGGCCCACUGAUAAAUUGUGUGUGUAGUCUAAUUUUGAGUUAUGUUGGAGUAAGAAUCUGAAUUAUUCAAUGUUCAAUAACUGCUAAAGUCCUUUAAGGUCAGAGAGUGUAUUACGAUUUUCAUAGUGUCAAAACCUGUGUUGCCGAACAUGGAUCCGUUCGUCAUUUUACCACAAGAAAAAGCUCGUUAUGUAGAACAAUUCAACUCAUUGAAACCGGCUGGUGGAUUUGUUAGCGGCGACCAAGCCAAAGGAUUUCUUUUGCAAUCUCAACUCCCACCUGUAAUCCUGGGACACAUUUGGGAACUUGCUGACAUAAAUUCUGAUGGCAAGCUUGAUUUCACUGAAUUUAGCAUUGCUUGCAAGUUGAUAAAUGCUAAACUCCGAGGAUUUGAUAUUCCAAAAGUCUUGCCUCCCAAUUUGAAAAAUUCUGCUUCUGCUGGUGUUGCUUCAUCUGCUGGAACUCCUCCUUCAUCUAUGAUGGGUGCUCCACUAGUCCCACUUGGAAUGGUUUCAACUGGAGCAGUCCCUCCCAUGACCAUGCAUUCAUCUGCACCAGUUGUGGCUGCAGGGCCCCAGCCAACCAAUCAACCUUUGGUUCAGCCUAUGAUGCAGCCAUUGAUGCAACCAAUGAUGCAGCCAGUGAUGCAGCCCAUGAUGCAGAAUAUGAUGCAGCCAACGAUGCAGCCCGCUAUGCAACCCACGAUGCAACCCACGAUGCAGCCCAUGAUGCAGCCCUUGAUGCAGCCCAUGAUGCAGCCCAUGAUGCAGCCUAUGAUGCAACCCAUGGUGCAGCCAAUAAUAUCAUCAAAUCUUCCAUUACUUAUGCAAGGCGCAGGGUCUCCUGUUGGUUUACCUUUAAUGGCAACCAAUAUGCAAAGUCCAACUGGAAUGAUUUCCCCUCCUUCGGCUACUGCCGCUUCUGUUAUUGGAUCAGGAUUUCCCACUUCGGCAGCAAGUUUCGACGGUUCGAAGCCAAGUACUCCUGACUCGUCAAAAACAGUGGUUCGGGCUCCAUCAGUCGCUAGCAGAGAGUCGUCAACCGAAUGGGCAGUUCCGCAUUCCUCAAAGUUGAAGUAUGCCCAAGUUUUUAAUAGUCAUGAUCGAGGAAAAACGGGCUUCUUGACAGGUGUUCAAGCUCGUGGAAUUCUAGUUCAAACUCAGCUGCCACAGCAUUUAUUGGCCCGCAUCUGGGGAUUGUCGGACAUCGAUAUGGAUGGGCGCUUGUCGUGCGACGAGUUCGUAUUGGCUAUGCAUUUAUGCGACGUUGUACGAGCUGGAGAUAAAUUGCCAGAUACAUUACCGCAAGAACUCGUGCCGCCAACGUUUCGUCGUCCUAGUUUAGUGAAUGCGGCAUCCGGUUCGCUAACCAGUCCAAAAGGACCAUCAACACCCGAGUCCAAUGUACAAGGUUUGAUCGCCACGUCACCACCACCUACCGACGACAUGAAAAUGAUGUCUCCAGUUUCUUUCGAAGACAAGCGAAAAGAGAAUUUCGAUAAAGGGCAAGCUGAGCUUGAUAAAAGAAGAAAAGCUUUGGCUGAACAGCAGCGUCGUGAGCAAGAAGAAAGAGAGAGAAAGGAGCGUGAAGAAUAUGAAAGAAAAGAAAAGUUGCGGCUGGAACAAGAACGCCGCCAACAAGCCGAACUGGAGAAGAAGUUGGCCAAACAACGCGAAAUAGAAAUGGAAAAAGAAGAGCAGCGUCGUAAAAUGUUGGAGCAGCGCGAAGCCGCAAGAAAAGAGAUGGAAAGGCAAAGGCAGUUGGAGUGGCAGAAACAGAGACUUCAAGAACUUCUACAGCAGAGGCAAAAAGAGCAGGAAAAAGUGGCGCUUCUUCGAGCGAACCACCAGCGUCUUCAGACGGAACUCUCUGUUCUGGAUGACAGAGUAAUGGAAUUAUCUUCCAAGAUAAUUGAAACUCGAACAGGCGUUGCCGAGACCAAGAAUACAAUCGACGGGAUGCGUACAACUCGUGACACACAAAUGGCUCAACUUUCGACACUAAAGACGCAGCUUCGUGAGCAAAAUCAACGUCUUCUUACUGUUAGCCAAGAGAAAGUAAGGCUGGAAGCUAAAAAUCGAAUGAAUGCAGCCACUACACCUAACGCCAAUGAAGCUGAAACCAUACAGAAUACUACUGCUCGUCAAAUUGCGUUGAAUCAGACAAAAGAAAAGCUCGAUGCAUUAACAGAAGAGCUGAAUAAUAAGCUUGAAGAUUCUGAAAAUAACAAUGCCCAAUUAAGCAGUUUGAGAACGGAGAUGUCCAUGCUAGCUCGUACCUGCCAAGAAACUCACAAGUCAUAUCUUAAGAAGCGAGAGGAGGUUCUACUAUUGCGUGCCACGGGUGGCAAGCAACAGUCUUGGAGUAACGAUUCCUGGUCUGAUUCAACUAAUAGCUGGCCAGUUAGUGCAGGAACAACUCCUGCCAUAGUAGACAACAAUUCCAAGUCAGGUCUCACUCGUUAUCGGGCAUUGUACGAGUUCGUGGCCCGUAAUGGAGACGAAAUCUCUUUCCAACCGGGCGAUAUAAUCAUGGUAACGGAGUCACUUUCAAACGAACCUGGUUGGCUGAGCGGUGAAGUGCGAGGCCAUGUCGGUUGGUUCCCAGAGGCCUAUGUUGAGAAAAUGGAUCAAGCAGGAUGGUCAGAUGCUGGUGGUACUGUAGCUGUCAGUAGUAUUGAUAGUCCCAUGGCUGGAGCAAAACGACAUCCCCUGGAAGGUAUUCAGGAACUGCCAGAAAACGUCAGUGACAACGGAUCCAUCGCGGAUGCGGGUGCAGCUGUAUCUUUGGCAUUAGAUGCGUCUCAUUCCGCUUUUAUGCCAGUUACAACUAAAGUAUCUGAAGAAUCAUCUUCUCCUAUCCUUGGCCAAGGAGAAAUCGUCGAUAAUUUGAAAGCGGAAGCCAUUUACGUUUGGCAAGGCAAAAAGGACAACCAUCUCUCCUUCAACAAAGGAGACGUUAUUCUUGUUCGCGAACAGCAAGACCUUUGGUGGUUUGGCCAGUGUAAUGACCGAAGUGGUUGGUUCCCCAAGUCAUUUGUUUCACUCUUCCACACCGAUACUGCACCACAAUCUCCAAAGGCAGUUAUUUCUGCGCAAAAUAGCAAAGGUUUAGAAGAAAAUUACUACAUUGCUAUGUACCCAUACGAAUCGAACGAACCUGGAGAUUUAUCUUUCGUGGCUGGCGAAAUGGUGACCAUCAUUAAAAAGGACGGAGACUGGUGGACUGGAACUAUUGGAGCUCGAACCGGUGUGUUCCCUUCCAACUACGUGCAAAAAGCUGAGCUUCAAUACGAAGCGGCUGCUGAUUCCGAAGUUGAAGCUGCCUCAGCCGCUGCUGAUGCUGCCGCGGCCGCUGCUGUUGCCAAAACAGUUGCUCCGGCAGUGAAGACAACGACUCAAGCAGAUUCCAAGCGGCCUAAUACUGCUCCGAUCGAUAGCGAAUUUGAGUCGUCUGUUAGUGGAAUUCCUCGAGCCGCUUCCGCAGCUUCUAGCGGUGCACCUUCACCUUCUAAUAUGGGACGGGGAAGCAAAAAGCCUGAAAUUGCUACAGUAAUAGCCCCUUACUCGGCAACUAGUAGUGAGCAGCUAUCGCUUCAACGAGGACAACUUAUCAUGAUCCGGAAAAAGUCUGCUUCUGGUUGGUGGGAAGGUGAACUUCAGGCAAAAGGUCGAAAACGUCAGUUAGGAUGGUUCCCAGCGUCGUACGUUAAAGUAUUGAGUAGUUCGGGAGGCAGUAGCCGCACUACACCUGUGCCCGCCGAAAUGGAGGACGAAAUGCCGCAAAUCCCUCCUGCCGCUCCAACUGAAACUGAAAUUAGCGCAGCGUUUGAAGUCAAUAAUGGUUCUGCGUUAGAUCAAGUAGUAGCUCUGUUUCCAUAUACUGCCCAAAACGAAGAUGAACUGAGCUUCCUUCAAGGCGAUGUCCUGAUUAUAAUUGAUCGUGAAGACCCGGCUUGGUGGCGUGGGGAAUUAAAGGGCCAGACCGGACUCUUUCCGUCUAACUAUGUGGAAGUCAUGGGUAGUUUGGCUGCCUCAGCAGCUCUUGGAGCAGCAGCUAGUUCAGCUAGCUCCAACAUCACUUCCACCUCUACUUCUCAGUGGGCGACAAUGAGGAAGACCGAAACUGCAGACCUUUCCAGUCUUUCUCCUACUGAGCAAAAGCGACAGAUUGUCAUUCAAGAACUAAUUAACACAGAGGAAAACUAUAUGGAGGACAUGUCAAUCGUCAAUGAAGUGUUCCAAAAACCGAUGGUAGAAUCGGGUGUCGUCAAGUUGGAAGACGUUGAAACAAUUUUCGUUAACUGGAAGGAUAUUAUCGCUUGUAAUAAUACUUUCUUAAGGGCACUUCGUAUCAGGAAGAAAAUGAGUCCUGGCGGAAUAGUUCAAGCCGUCGGUGAUAUUCUGGUCGAUUGUCUUCCGCACAUGUCGCCUUACAUUCGUUUCUGCAGUAGGCAGCUUAACGCUGCCGCUCUAAUUCAGCGACGCCACGAAAGUGUUCCAGAAUUUCGCGCUCUAUUGAAAAAAUGCCAACUGCAUCCAAAAGUGAAAGGGAUGCCGUUAACAUCGUUUUUGCUAAAGCCCAUGCAGAGGAUUACCAAAUAUCCCCUGUUGAUCAAAAAGAUUUUGGAAUCGACAGAUGAAAGCCAUCCUGAUAGAUUGUUGUUGGAUGAAGCUCUUGUAAAGGCCGAAGAACUUUGUAAUCAGGUAAACGAAGGCGUAAGGGAGCAAGAAAAUUCAGAUCGACUGGAAUGGUUACAGCGAAGGGUUCAAAUUGAAGGGUUAGACGAACAGCUUGUUUUUAACUCCAUUACAAACAUGCUGGGUCCUCGCAAACUCAUCCAUUUUGGUCCUUUAAAAAAAAUCAAAAGCAACAAGGAACUGCUGGCCUUCGUGUUCAAUGAUUUUCUAAUGUUCACUACCGUCAACAAACCUUUAGCCUCCAUCAAUCUUCAGUUUCUUUUUGACAAGAAAUCGAGUGUGGCGUUGAAGAUGUACAGAAAGCCUAUAUUUCUCAGAGAAAUGACAGUGGUGCCAGGGGAAAACCAUCCCGCCGAUGGUGGGAAUGAAAAUGACACAGUGCCGACGCGCUUCACCAUUCAAGACACGAAUUGUAAGUUGUUGCUGACGUCCACCAGUUCGGCCGAACGGAUUCUGUGGUUGCGGAAACUAGAGGAAGCACGAAAACACUGCUUGCUGACGGAGCGAGCUGUCCUACAACGCCAAAGAUCAAAACAAAAUGAAGGCAAUGUUUGCGGACGAUUGCUGGUUUUGGUCAUGGAAGCUGAAAAUCUACAGGCCAGUUCGGAAACGGGAAAAAGCGACACUUUCUGUGAAGUCUAUCUUGGAUCGCAAGAACAUCGAACCAAAGUGGUGCCUAAAUCUCUCAACCCCAAGUGGAACGCGUCGAUGCAGUUUUUAGUGAAAGACCUUCAGCAGGAUGUCCUUUGUGUCACCGUGUUAGACCGCGAUUACUUCUCACCAAACGAAUUUCUGGGACGAACCGAGAUUCGCAUUGCUGAUGUGCUGCAGGAUUCAAAAAUAUAUCGCGGCCCGCUCAUCAAGCGGCUGCCUUUGUAUGAGGUGGAAUCGGGAGAAAUCGUCCUCAAACUCGACCUUCAACUAUUUAACCGCCGUUGAUCGUAGUCUUUCAAUAUUAGUGAUGCAUUUUCUCAUCGAUUUACAUUUAAUCUGUGUAUAACUGCCAAGACAAAAUGAAUUUUCAUAAUCCUGUA